CGUAUAAGCAGUUAGUCUCGGACCUGUGACGUGUUUGAAAACUGUGCCGGCAUUAUAAUAGUAUAUAUAUUAUAAUAUAGUCUUGUACCUCUAUACCGACCUGGACAACGAUGGGUUAUUAAUUCUUAGUCAUUCGUGUUUUCUCUAGCCCUUUGUCGUUUACCGCCGCUGGUUUUCAAUUAAUUACUAAAAAACUAAAAACAACAGUAUAACGAGUGCAUUUUAAACUAAACUAUAUAUAUUAUAUGUAUAGUGAUGGCAUAAUACAUGUUUAGUUGUYUUCUCUUCGUGUUUUUACUUUGUUCRCCUCUUCUUUCUCUUUUGGUUUUUCUCGUGUAGUACAUAAAUUAUCUUCCUCAUACCUACCACAUKAUGGAACGCAAUCAAUUCGUGUUGCUGUGCAAAGAACUCUUUCAACGUUUGAUUUCCGUAAAAAUCAAAACGUAUGCAUUUUUGAUUGCAAUGGGUUUGGUAGAAUUCGGUAGUAUUCCACACUUGCAAAGUAUUGGAUUUUUUUGCGGGGAUCCCAAAAUAAGCUAUAAAUUCAAAGGUGACACGGUGGAGUCCCACGUUCUUGUACUGGUUACGCUCAUAAUUCCAUACUUGAUCGCGUUGACGACCGAAUACUUCACGAAACAAAAAAACAAAUUUGAUUCCGAACGGUAUGAAUGGCUUAAAGAAUCGUUGCGGUGGUAUCGGCAGUAUAUCUUAGGACUGAUAUUCGUGUUUUUUAUAACAGACGUUGGUAAACUUCUGAUUGGUGAGCCAAGGCCACAUUUUUUAGAUACUUGCCUUCCUAAAGAAGCCAAAAACUGCACUAAUAGAUACAUUGAUCGUUAUACGUGUAUGAACGAAAAUGAAAGCACAUAUAUCAUAAGAGAUGCUAGCAAAUCAUUUCCAUCGGGCCAUGCUUCCAUUUCAGUUUACGGAUCAAUAUCUAUGGCCUGGUAUUUGCAUAACAAAUGCAAAUCGCGUUCGUUGCUGUUAAUGCCAGUCUUACAAGCGAUGUGCAUGCUCUGGGCAAUGUUCUGUUCUCUGACUAGGAUCACAGAUCACAGACAUCAUUGGUGGGAUGUAUUGGCCGGUUCGAUAAUUGGAAUCGUGAUCUMCACUUACAUUAACGGAUUGUUUGAUAGACGAAAGAACGAUAACAAAUCGCAUUCGACCACUGAAACCUGGUCCAACGAAACGACAGAUAACGGGUAUUUCACUGCAGGAAGACUCUUAAACGUCGUCGCCGAUGGUAAAAAUCCAUCUCUAAAUUUGUAAUUUUCACCAAAAUGCGACCAUACAAAUAAAAUACUCACUUUAUAUUUUUA